CAGAUUCGUGAACUUCAUCACAGUCUCAAUUUGACUCGCAGAACAAAACCAGAAACAACCCACUUUUCCAAAACGAACUUGCCCACCAUGGCCGAUCACCACCACAACCACCACCACCACCACCACCACCGGCCUCUCCGCCUCGCCGUUCCUCAGCGCUCGGCGACCCCAACCACUUUUCCGGCUACGCCCACCACAUCCAGAGCUUACCCUGUAUUUCCCUAUGCGUCGUCUUCCACUCCCACCGCAUCUGCGACCCCAUCCAAACAUCGCCUAUCCUCUUUCAAUUCCAAGCCUUUCAACUAUAACGCCAACAACAACAAAUCCUCUCUUUCUUUUCUCUUCCUUUUGCUUUUCUCUCUCCGUUCACUUUAUUCCCUCCUUCCUUUCCUCCGUUCGUCUCCUUCUUUCUCUCUAUUCCCUUUCUCGUUCCUCGUCUCUCUUCUCUCAUUCUUGCUCACUCUGUUUGUCUCUCUAUUUACCUCGCGGUCUUUGUCAUCAUCCUCUAAAGACCCUUUUCAGCAUAAGCAAAAGCAACCCAUCUUCUCUCUUUCCUUGAUCACGAAGUCCCAGCACAGAGUCUUGGUCGCUAGAUCGAUUCUUCUCGCUGUGGUGUUUCUCCUCCGGUUCCAAGCUCUUCGGUACUGCGGCACAGCCGCUAUGAUUCUCGCUGAAUUGUCUGGGAACGUCGCGGCACGGUUCGUAGCCGAGGGACGGAAUCGAAAUUUGAAUUUUGGUGAUCGGUCCUCUAAGGUUCGUGGGUUUCUCGCUCUGUUUUUUGGGUUGUUUUUGUUAUCUAUGAGUUGGGAUCGUAUUGAAUGCUUUCCGUUUUCUGCUAAGUUUGUUGAUAAAUUGGGGUUGUCUUUGUUUCCUGGAGAGAAUUGUGUGAGAAUUUGGUCAAUGUUGCUUCCCUUUCUUUCUGGGUUUUUGGGGUGCUACGAGCGCGUUUCAAUGAACUGGAGGACAAUUGGGGAACUGGGCCGGAAACGCACUCGACUAAUUUCCUUGUUUUUCACUACAGUUGUGCUUUUCUUUCCAGCAGUUAUUAGUAUAUUAAUGUUUGAAGGUGAAGGGGAUAGCGUCUCUGUAGGAAACUUGGCUUGGCCUCUGGCCAACACUGUUGUUUUUGGAGUCCUAUUGACUGAAAACUUCAGUGAUGAGAAGUUAGUGACUUCUAAAGAUUUCCGGAGGGAGUUUUUGGUCACGUUUGUUUGUACUCUUGUGUUAGAGUUGUUCUAUUAUCCUGAGCUAUCACUUUGGGGUCUAUUGAUAUGUGGUUUGUUGUUAUUUGUUGCUGUUCGGGAAUUAGAUCCUUUUUAUUCAACUUAUAUUGAAUUAGGGUUGGAGUCGCCAGAGUCAGUGAGUAGCUUCAUUAUGAAGCCUCUGAGGCACAUUUUGAGUGAGAGGAAAUCCAGGAAGAUUGCUCUUUUCCUUAUGAUCAACACUGGAUACAUGAUUGUGGAAUUUGUUGCUGGGUUCAUGUGCAAUAGUUUAGGGUUGAUAUCGGAUGCUUGUCACAUGUUGUUUGAUUGUGCUGCUUUAGCAAUUGGUCUAUAUGCUUCAUACAUAUCACGAUUGCCUGCAAAUAAUCAGUUUAAUUAUGGUCGUGGGAGAUUUGAGGUUCUCUCAGGAUAUGUCAAUGCGGUUUUCUUGGUUCUGGUUGGAUCACUAAUAGUGUUAGAAUCCUUGGAAAGGAUUUUGGAUCCUCAGGACAUAUCAACUAACAGCCUGUUAACUGUUUCAAUUGGAGGACUUCUUGUUAACAUUGUUGGUUUGAUCUUCUUCCAUGAGGAGCAUCACCAUGCCCAUGGUGGAUCAGGAUCAUGCUCCCAUAACCAUUCCCAUUCCCAUGCCCACACCCACCAUCACCAACAUGUACAUGACCACAUUCAACAUGAUCGAGACAAUGGGGAAAAGCAUGAGCAGCUUAUCUCCAUUUCUCAUGGAGUCUGUGGAAAACAAUGUUCAGGCCAUGAACACAAUCACUCUACUCCCUGUGGCAAAUCCAAUGAUUGUAAAAAUGAUCACCAGUUUGGGAACAACGAGUGCCAUGAUCACCACCAGCAUGACCAUCUUGAGCAAGACCACCAAUGCAACCACCAAAACCAUGCAUGCGAACAUGACCAUCAUAGACAGGACCAUAAACAUCACCAUGACCACCACCAUGACCACCACCAUAACCAUGACCAUGACCAUGACCAUGACCAUGACCAUGACCACCAUCAUAACCAUGACCAUGACCAUGACCACCACCAUAACCAUGACCAUGACAACCAUCAUAACCAUGACCAUGACCAUGACCAUGUUCAAGAAGGAGGUUUGCAUUCUAAUAGUCAUGCUUCCUUGGGAAACAGUGAAUCCCAGCAAAAAAUUCUGGUAUUGAAUGGCAAAGAAUCACAUAAGCAUCAGCAUCAUCACAUUGACCAUAAUAUGCAAGGUAUAUUCUUGCAUGUUCUGGCUGACACAAUGGGAAGUGUUGGAGUUGUUAUAUCAACCCUCUUAAUCAAGUAUAAGGGGUGGCUUAUUGCUGAUCCUGCCUGCUCAAUAUUUAUUUCUGUCUUAAUUGUAGCUUCUGUUAUCCCAUUGCUUAGAAACUCGGCUGAAAUUUUGCUCCAAAGAGUUCCUAGAGCAUAUGAGCAUGAUUUGAGAAAAGCUCUAAAUGAUGUUAGGAAGAUGAAGGGGGUUUGCGGCAUUCAGAACUUGCAUGUAUGGAGUUUCACUAACACAGAUGUGGUGGGAACACUUCAUCUUCAUGUCUCAACUGAAACCGACAAGGGUUUAACAAAGGCACAAGUGUCUCACAUCUUACACGAUGCCGGAAUCAAGGAUUUAACAUUGCAGGUUGAAUGUGUUGGGCAAUGAGCUUCAUGGAUUUUUUGACUCGGUUUUCUAUCACCUCUGGAUGGUAUUCAAGGAAAGAAAGGUGCGUGUUAUUUCAGGACUAGAUGGUGAUGUUCUGAAAAUCAGCUUCUGUGCUGCUUCUUGUCGGGGUAAACUUAAGUUUAAUUGCAUAUAUUUCAAAGAGUUGAGAUGGUAGAUGCACAUAUUUGCUGGUGUUAAAGAUGAGCAUCUAUCUUUCCCUUCAUGGAGGAUGAAGGUUUUCUCUUUGGAUCAGUCGGUCACCAUCCCAACACAUAACGAAGUAGCUUAUCUGGUUCUAUGUAUAAUUGUGAAGACAUGCAUGUAAAUGAACAUAUUCACUGGGCAUUUAUUUAUUUGGGGAUUUAUUUUAUGUUAUUA